CGCGCGCCUGCGCAGUGCGCGGUCGCGCGCGCCCCGGGGAGGAGGGCGCGCGGGUGCUAAUUGGCCGCGGUGGCGGCCCCGCCCGCGAGUGGAGGGUGAUCACGUGACGAGACGGCUGGGGGCUCCCGGCGCGGGGGACGCUGGUGGCCAAGAUGGCGGCGGAGCUGGUGGAGGCCAAAAACAUGGUGAUGAGUUUCCGAGUCUCUGAUCUUCAGAUGCUCCUGGGUUUUGUCGGCCGGAGUAAGAGCGGACUUAAACACGAACUUGUCACCCGGGCUCUCCAGCUGGUCCAGUUUGACUGUAGUCCCGAGCUGUUCAAGAAGAUCAAGGAACUCUACGAGACACGCUACGCCAAGAAGAGCUCGGAGCCCGUGCCGCAGCCCCACCGGCCCUUGGACCCCCUGACCAUGCACUCCACCUACGACCGGGCCAGCUCGGUGCCCAGGACUCCCCUCACGGGCCCCAACAUUGACUACCCCGUGCUCUACGGGAAGUACUUAAACGGACUCGGACGGUUGCCUGCCAAGACCCUCAAGCCAGAAGUGCGCCUGGUGAAGUUGCCCUUCUUUAACAUGUUGGAUGAAUUGCUGAAGCCCACCGAGCUGGUUCCACAGAAUAACGAGAAGCUUCAGGAGAGCCCGUGCAUCUUUGCCUUGACGCCCAGACAGGUGGAGCUGAUCCGGAACUCCAGAGAACUGCAGCCUGGGGUCAAGGCCGUGCAGGUCGUCCUAAGAAUCUGCUACUCAGACACCAGCAGCCCUCAGGAAGACCAGUACCCACCCAACAUCGCCGUGAAGGUCAACCACAGCUACUGCUCGGUCCCGGGCUACUACCCCUCGAACAAGCCAGGAGUGGAGCCCAAGAGGCCGUGCCGCCCCAUUAACCUCACCCACCUCAUGUACCUGUCCUCGGCCACCAACCGCAUCACCGUCACCUGGGGGAACUACGGCAAGAGUUACUCCGUGGCCUUGUACUUGGUGCGGCAACUGACCUCCUCGGAGCUGCUGCAGAGGUUGAAGACCAUUGGGGUCAAGCACCCGGAGCUGUGCAAGGCACUGGUCAAAGAGAAGCUGCGCCUGGACCCCGACAGUGAGAUUGCCACCACUGGCGUGCGGGUCUCCCUCAUCUGCCCGCUGGUGAAGAUGCGGCUGUCGGUGCCCUGCCGCGCGGAGACCUGCGCACACCUGCAGUGCUUCGACGCCGUCUUCUACCUCCAGAUGAACGAGAAGAAGCCCACCUGGAUGUGCCCGGUGUGUGACAAGCCAGCCCCCUACGACCAGCUCAUCAUCGAUGGGCUCCUCUCCAAGAUCCUGAGCGAGUGCGAGGAUGCCGACGAGAUCGAGUACCUGGUGGACGGCUCGUGGUGCCCAAUCCGUGCCGAGAAGGAGCGCAGCUGCAGCCCCCAGUGCCCCAUCCUUGUGCUUGGCACCUCGGAUGCUAAUGGGCUCCCAACCACCCCCAACGUCAACGGCGGGGGUGGCAGCGCGCUCGGGGGCGCGGGCGGCGGGGGCGGCGCGGCGGGAGGUGUGGAGAACGGGAAGCCAGGAGCUGAUGUGGUGGACCUCACGCUGGACAGCUCGUCGUCCUCGGAGGAGGACGAGGACGAGGACGAGGAGGACGAGGACGAGGACGAGGAUGGCCCCCGGCCCAAGCGUCGCUGCCCCUUCCAGAAGGGCCUGGUGUCGGCCUGCUGACCGCUGGCCACCGCCGCGACCAGCCGGACACUCGACUUUCCUGGUGCUCACCACGCAGAGGGGCGCAGGCGGGCCUCGGGCACAGCGGGAGGAGUGAUUUUUGUUUUUUUUUUUCUUUUUAUUGUUGUUCAUUUUGUUUUUCCACCCCUUUCCCUGGCUCCUGGCACCUGUACCUCUGGACUCUCCUAUCGGAGGAUUAAAAAAAAAAAAAAAGUAAAACGACAAAAAAAAAAAAAGUCAAAAAAAAAAAAGAAAAACAAAAAUCAAA